AUGGUUGGAGCAUACUUAGGUAAUUUAGACAUUUUUAUUCUCAUCUUAGUAUGGAUUUUUGAGUUUGAAAGAGAGCAAUCACAGUUAACACUUCAUCAUCUUAUUAUGCCAGAGACCACUUGCUGGAGAUUGGUGGGAGAAAGAUCAGCUCACAGAAUAAGAACUAAGUAUCUAAGAGCUGUUUUGCGACAGGACAUAGGAUUUUUUGACACAGAACUGAAUACUGGUGAAAUUAUGCAUGGAAUUUCGAGUGAUGUGGCACAAAUCCAAGAAGUAAUGGGAGAAAAGAUGGCACAUUUUGUUCACCACAUCUUCACUUUCAUCAAUGGCUACGCAGUUGGUUUUAGAAGAUCAUGGAAGGUUUCCCUGGCAGUUUUUGCAGUAACACCACUGUCCAUGUUCUGUGGCCUUGCCUAUAAAGCCAUCUAUGUUGGCCUCACACUGAAAGAAGAGGAAUCUUACAGAAAAGCUGGCAGCAUUGCUGAGCAAGCAAUGAGUUCAAUUAGGACCGUAACUGCUUUUGUAGCAGAGGACUAUUUAGAUGCAAAAUAUGUGGAAUCUCUGCAGAAAUCGGGCCGUUUGGGGGCAAAGGUUGGGUUUGCUAAAGGAGCAGGAAUUGGUGUUAUUUAUUUAGUUACUUAUGCGACAUGGGCAUUGGCUUUCUGGUACGGUUCAAUCCUUGUAGCAAAGGGAGAGCUUUCAGGUGGUGCAGCCAUUGCUUGUUUCUUUGGUGUUAAUGUAGGAGGAAGAGGCUUGGCUCUAUCCCUAUCUUAUUUUGCUCAGUUUGCACAAGGAACUGUUGCAGCUACCAGGGUAUUUGAAGUUAUAGACAGGGUGCCAGAGAUAGAUCCCUACAGUCUAGAGGGAAGGAGGUUGUCAACUAUAAGAGGGAAGAUUGAAUUUAAAUGUGUUACCUUUGCGUAUCCGGCUCGUCCAACUGUCCAGAUUCUCCAGUCUCUUAACUUAGUUGUUCCAGCUUCCAGGACAUUGGCAUUAGUGGGCAUCAGCGGAGGUGGAAAGUCAACAAUCUUUGCUCUGAUAGAAAGAUUUUAUGAUCCUCUUCAGGGUCUUAUUACAUUGGAUGGCCAUGAUAUAAGAACAUUGCAAGUGAAGUGGCUGAGGACUCAGAUAGGUAUGGUUGGUCAAGAACCAGUACUUUUUGGGACAAGCAUACUUGAAAAUGUGAUGAUGGGAAAAGAAAAUGCUACCAAGAAAGAGGCGAUGGCUGCUUGUGUUGCGGCAAAUGCUCACAGCUUUAUCUCAAGACUUCCAGAGGGCUAUGAUACACAGGUUGGAGACCGAGGAACCCAACUCUCUGGAGGACAAAAACAGCGGAUUGCUCUUGCUCGAGCAAUGAUUAAAGACCCAAAAAUUCUUCUUUUAGACGAGCCAACAAGUGCCUUAGACCCCGAGUCAGAAGCCAUUGUGCAACGGGCCAUUGACAAGAUCUCCAAGGACAGAACCACAUUAGUGAUUGCCCAUAGGUUAGCAACAGUAAGAAAUGCUCACACUAUAGUCGUUCUUGAUCAUGGUUCAGUUGUUGAAACAGGUAACCAUGAUCAGCUAAUGGAAAAGGCUGGGGCAUAUUUUGGCCUCAUCAAGCUUGCUUCAGAAGCAGUACCAAAACCUAUGUCAAAUCUGGGAGAUGUUCCAAAGGAAAAUGAAUUCUCUGCCUAUGAAAAAUCAAAUUAUGAUGUGGCAAGAGUAAAAGGUGCAUAUGAAAUCUCAAGAUCAAAGUACCUAGAAUCUAUGCAGGAAGGAAGCCACAUAGAAGGGGAAGAAGGAGAGCAAGCAAAAAUGAAGAGUUAUCGUCUCUCAGAAUUAUGGAACCUGCAGCGACCGGAGCUGAUAGUGCUAUUAGUAGGGCUAUUUAUGGGUAUGCUUGCAGGUGCAAUUCUCUCCCUCUAUCCCUUAGUUCUAGGGCAAGCACUUAAAGUAUACUUUUAUACAGACAUGUCAAGAUUGAAAAGGGAAGUUGGAUACCUCUGCUUGAUACUAGUUGGUCUUGGAUUUGGAUGUAUAUUCGCUAUGGUAGGCCAGCAAGGCUUCUGUGGUUGGGCUGGUACCAAGCUCACCAUGAGAGUUAGAAGUUUCUUGUUUAAAUCUAUACUCAAACAAGAACCUGGUUGGUUUGAUCUUGACGAGAAUUCCACUGGAGUUCUAGUGUCAAGGCUUUCUGUUGAUUGUGUCAGUUUCAGGUCUGUUCUUGGUGAUAGGUUCUCUGUCCUGCUAAUGGGCCUGAGCUCAGCAGCUGUUGGACUCGGUGUGUCGUUCAAACUUGAAUGGAGAUUAGCUCUUUUGGCCACAGCUGUCACACCAUUUACUCUAGGAGCAAGCUACCUCACUUUGAUUAUAAAUGUAGGAGGGAAACUAGACAACAGCUCUUAUGCUAAAGCAAGUAGUAUAGCUGCAGGUGCUGUGUCAAAUAUAAGAACUGUGGCAACAUUCUCAACUCAGGAGCAAAUAGUUAAAUCAUUCGAAAAAGCUUUAUCUGAGCCCAAGCGAACAUCGGUCAGAAGGUCACAGAUGCUUGGUCUAGCACUAGGCCUUUCUCAAGGUGCCAUGUAUGGAGCAUAUACCCUGACUCUCUGGUUUGGUGCAUACUUGGUAAAGCAAGGGUAUACCAAUUUUGGCGAUGUAUAUAAGAUUUUCCUAAUACUUGUACUAAGCUCAUUUGCUGUUGGACAACUUGCUGGCCUUGCCCCAGAUACUUCUAUGGCUUCAACUGCAAUACCCGCCGUUCUUUCUAUUAUUAAUCGUAAGCCUUCAAUAAGCACUGACCGUCUGAAAGGAAAAAAGAUUGAAAUAUCAAAGCCAUUUGAUAUAGAGUUUAGGACGGUCACAUUUGCAUAUCCAUCAAGGCCAGAUGUCAUAGUGUUGAGAAACUUUACUCUUAAGAUCAGAGGUGGGACAAUGGUAGCAUUGGUUGGAGCAAGUGGAUCUGGAAAGUCAACAGUUAUAUGGAUGAUACAGAGGUUUUAUGACCCAAUACAAGGAAGAGUACUAAUGGAAGGGGUUGAUCUGAGGGAGCUAAAUUUGAAAUGGUUGAGAAGGCAGACAGCCCUGGUCAGUCAAGAGCCGGCCCUAUUCGCUGGCACCAUUAGAGAGAAUAUUGCAUUUGGCAAGCCUAAUGCUACAUGGGCUGAAAUUGAAGAAGCAGCAAAGGAAGCUCACAUUCAUAAAUUUAUCAGUGGGCUUCCUCAAGGGUAUGAAACAGAGGUUGGUCAGAGUGGUGUUCAGUUAUCAGGUGGCCAGAAACAGAGGAUAGCAAUUGCAAGAGCCAUACUCAAGAAAUCAAAGUUGCUCCUACUGGAUGAAGCUAGCAGUGCAUUGGACUUGGAAUCCGAGAAGCAUGUUCAAGAUGCACUUAGGAAGAUUUCCAAGAGGGCUACCACAGUUGUGGUAGCUCAUCGGCUUUCCACAAUUAGAGAAGCCAGCGUGAUUGCUGUUGUGAAGGAAGGCACAAUAGCAGAAUAUGGAAGUCACGACAAACUCAUGGCUUCCCAUCUGGAUGGUCUAUAUUCUAACUUAGUUCGGGCAGAAACAGAAGCCUUGGCAUUUUCUUGAACCUGAUUAUGAAUAUCGGAAACUCAUCAGAAUAUUGUCCUUAUGAAUUA